CCCUGCGCUCCUGCACAGAGGCUGCUUCCUCAGAUGCAGGGAAGCCCUUUUUCCAUCCCCUCCCUUCCCCCCAGCAAGGCACCCUCCCCCAGCGAGCACCCACACACCCCAUCCCACCCCAUGCACCGGCCCCAGCCCUCUUCCUCCAUGCACGGCCACCCCACAGCGGGCAGGGGUCCUGCCCUGGCACUGACCUGUCCUCCCUCAGCCCCGGGGCGCAGCGCUGCCCCCCAUCCCCUGCACCUCUCUGCCUAUGUGCGCCCGGCGCCGGCUUUGAGGGAGAAAAAGGGGUGGGAGAGGGGGGCUCUCCUGAACUGCUUCCAGAUCUGGUGCAUAUGGUGCAUUUCUUCUCCAGGGGCGAAACCCUGAGAUGGAGGAAUGUAACUGGGAAACUCAGCCUAAUCCCUCCUGCCGGGAAGUGCACCCCUGAUUACCCCACAGGAUUGGCCGCUAUCUGCCUCUCCUCCUCCGGCGGGGCUUCGCACCCGAUCGCUCAUUUCUCCCGUCUCCCUUUCCUUAGCGUCGCUACUUCCAUAAGGAUAUAUUGCCUCGUUUAGGCAGUAAGUAUCUCAAUGAUCUAUAUCUCUCUUCGUUCAGGUAAUUGUUUUUCCGCCUCAGGGAUAAAUCCUCUUGAGCUCCAGAGUACGGUUACACCCUCGGAUCAGUUGGGAGUGCUUGUGGACAGGUUGGGUGCAGCUCUUCCCUACACGUUAAUAACUCUCGGCAAAAAAAACGUCAUCUGCACCACAUUGCAACUGAGGAGUUAACAGAGGGAAAGUGCUCAGCUAUUCCUUGUGCUCGCUUUCUCCCUGUUGCAUAAAUAACCGUGAUUUUUCUGUACAUGGUAAGGUAAUUUAUGUAACAGCAUAAAAUCUGUGUAUUGGUCUGUAUGUGUAAAAUGGUUUCCUUUUAAACAUUUUUAUAUUGGUUUUGCUAAAUCAUAUGCCAGGAUAGCUUCUAAUCAGUACAUGAUGGUAUGUCCAGAAAAAGUCCUUCAGCUUAUGUGAACUAGAUCUUGAUCUGGCACACUGGAAAGCUCAGUCAUUAAGUCAUUAAGAAGCAGAACGGGAAAGAAAAACAGCUGGAAAUGUCAUUGAAGGCUCAGAGAAGGCUGUGAGUCCAGUUCAUGUCCAGUCCCGGAGCAGGAGGUUGGAAGGACCAGACAACCGAAAGGAAAUACCAGGCUUUAUUCUUGUACUUUACGUUGACAUACAGAGGAUGUCCAGAAACAGAACGAGUGCGUGAGAAAUACUUUUUCUCUCAAGUGAAGUGACAGAGUGUUCCCAGUACUCUUGGGACUGGAAUAAAAAGUGAUAUUUAGCAAGAUGGAGAUAUUUUUGUUCUACAAAAUGUCCUGGGAUUUUCUAAAUCGUGCUUUUCUGUUUGGAGACAAAACAAAGCUUUUAAAGUUUGUCAUGCAAACUAAAGGCAGGCAAACAAGUGAUUCUGUCACAGUGAUCUGGUGACUGGGAUAUUCAUGCUGGUCACGGAGGAUCCAGGUCAGAGUCACGGCUGUGUCAUUCCCUCACAUCUCACAUGCCUGUUCCAGGCAAUUUUUAGAAAUUAGACCUUCUCUUCUAGAAACUAAAAAGAGAAGAGGCAGUCCAGCAAAUCGUAUUCAUGAAAAAUUCCCCAAACCCUUCUAGUCAGUGGGAGUUUCACACCAAGAAAGGCCACAAGAUGAGUGAUCCUUGUGCUGGAUCCAGUCAGCAUGAUGAGAAAACUACCUGACUGAAAAACAGAAGGGGCAAGACUCAAGCAUGGGGAGGAAGAGGUCUACUUCUGGACCAGGAGACUGCUGUGAAGAGAGGAACUCACGCCCAGCUGGAGGCUUCAGGAAAUGCACAAUGGCUUCGUUCCCUGUCUUGGAGCAAGAGACGUUGUUCCGGAACGGUACCUGGAGCUAUCGCAUUCCAGCCCUGCUCUACCUGCCCCGGUUCAGCAUGAUCCUGGCGUUUGCUGAGGAGCGGGAGGAUGUGGUGGAUGAACACGCCAAGCUCAUAGCGAUGCGCAGGGGCGUGUACGACCCCAGCACGCACCACGUCCAGUGGAAUAACAUGGAGACCCUUUUCACUGCACAGCUGAAAGACCACCGAUCUAUGAACCCCUGCCCGGUUUACGAUGAGGUCUCUGGGAAGCUGAUCCUGUUCUUCAUAGCUGUCCCAGGAAAGAUCUCCGAGCAGCAUCAGCUCAGGACAAAGAUUAACCUGGUACGCCUCUGCUACGUCACCAGCAUGGACCAAGGGCGCACCUGGAGCGCUGCCCAGGAUGUCACCGACGGCACCAUCAGGACCGAGUACAAGAACUGGGCCACGUUUGCGGUGGGGCCGGGUCAUGGAUUACAGUUGCUCAACGAGGCCCGGAGCCUGGUGAUUCCCGCCUAUGCCUAUCGUAUCUUGGACCCUAAGCAGCACCCCACCCCUCAUGCCUUCUGCUUCAUCAGCUCUGACCACGGCACAACGUGGGAGCUGGGCAACUUCGUGGGCGAGGAGAGCGCGGUGGAGUGCCAGGUAGCGGAGGUGCACACCUGUGGCAGGAAGGUCCUGUACUGCAACGCGAGGAGCACCAGGGGAGCCCGAAUCCAGGCCGUCAGCUACAACCAUGGGCUGGACUUCGAGGGAGGCCAGCGGGUUGAAAUGCUAGUGGAACCUCCCUUUGGAUGCCAUGGAAGUGUUACUGCCUUUCCACCUCCCCCUGAUGCCAGGUGCCAAGACAGUUGGUUACUCUAUGCUCACCCUACAGACCCAAAGGGUCGAAAAGAUUUGGGAAUUUACCUCAACAAAAGCCCUUUAAAUCCAGCACACUGGACAAAACCCAGCAUCCUCUUCAGGGGCCUGUGUGCUUAUUCGGAUCUGCAGUACAUGGGUGUUGGACCCGAUGGCUCACCCUUGUUCUCCUGCCUCUUUGAAUAUGGGACCCGCCGGCAGUGCGAAGAGAUGAUCUUUGUCAUGUUCACCUUGAAGCAAGCCUUUCCCUCAGAGCUCUGAGUCUCAAGCCUUUCCACCAGCAUCCCUCCAAACACCACCUUUGCUGAUACUUUUCACUAUCACCUCUCAUCUUUGAGCAGGAGGUUUUUUGUACUCCUGCUGCACACUUAGUUUGGCGUUGGCUUGCGGCGUCUGUAGAUUAUGAAGUCUAUUAAAUAUAAUAAAACUUAACGUGUUUGGGUUUGU